AUGAAAACUGUGGGGCUGCCACCAGAAGAAGCUGUUGACGGUGAAAUCCAGCUUCGCCGGUGGCGCAGCGACGAUGUCGCUACAUUACACGCCCUAGUCAACCGAUCACUACCUGAGCUCUCGCCGUGGAUGCCAUGGGCAGCAAAUGGCUAUUCAAAGGAAGACGCAGUGGAGGCCAUACGCUUGGGGAGCGAAGGCUGGGACGCUGGCGAGGAGUUUGAGUACGCAAUCGUUGUCGACGGUCAGGUUCGCGGGUCCUGUAGAAUUGUCAAGAGAGGCGGCCCAGGAGUUUUUGAGCUCGGAUACUGGCUGGGGAGCGGCGAGACGGGUCGCGGAUUGGCCACUCGGGCUUCAGCUCUCUUGGUUGGCAUCGCUUUCGACCAGGGAGCAGAUUGCGUAGAGGUCCGGAACGAUGAAAGCAAUGCUAGGAGUGGUUUAAUUCCUCUUCGACUCGGAUUCAAUUGUUUGGGGCCCCGAGAAAUACCUGCGUGGGAAAAACAGCUCUGGGAUCAGCAAGCAGAAUCGGCGAGCAGAUCCGACAUAAUAUGGCGGCUGAGUCAAAGUGAUUAUCGACAAAGAAAAGCACACUGA